AUCUCAGGUCCGCAGCGAAGUUUCGACUCGAACCCAUUCGUUAUGCAUUAUUCUCCGUACCUUUCAGGCUCUUCAGGAUCAAUGUAGAACAAGAAGUCACGAUGUCGCUCCGAAGUUUCGAAUCAUGAUCAUUUCUCUCAAUAAUUAUCCGCCUCGCUGCAGCACAGCACAUGGUCCACAGAACACUGAACCAAAUGUAUGCCUUCAAGUUCGAGGUACCUGCUCUGCCCUUAUAUGCCCAGAUUCAUCUUUUCCGGCUUUGAUUCCGGUGUUGAACCGUGUCUUUUCCCGACAGCAAAAUCUAUAAAAUGGGAUUAUACUCAUGAUCUUCAAAUUCUCCGGUUCCAGCAAUGCCAUCAAAUUGGACCUCCCUCGUCGCUUCGCUGUGUCUUCUUCUCGCUGCCGCACAGGCUGCGGUCAUAGUUCCAGGAGCUACGUGGACCGAUACUAGUGGCAAUGUCAUCCAGGCUCAUGGAGGCGGCAUUUUGAAAGUUGGUUCCACCUAUUACUGGCACGGAGAAGACAAAGCCCACAACAGUGGUCUGUUUCGUGCUGUAUCAUGCUAUUCUUCCGCCGAUUUAGUUUCUUGGACUCGUCAGACUGACUCCUUGAAACCCAUUUCAGGCACCAUGAUAUCCACGUCCAACAUUGUCGAACGUCCGAAGGUCUUAUUCAACACCAAAAAUUCUGAAUAUGUUAUGUGGUUCCACUCCGACAGCUCGAAUUACGGGUCCGCUAUGGUCGGUGUCGCAACCUCCAAGACACCAUGUGGUCCGUAUACUUACAAGGCUAGUUGGAAACCACUGGGAGCCGAAUCUCGCGACAUGGGUAUCUUUAAAGAUGAUGACGGAACGGCAUACCUUCUCUAUGCAUCGGAUAACAACCAGAACUUCAAAAUCUCGAGGUUAGAUGCCGACUAUUACAACGUCACUACCCAGGUCAACGUCCUUUCGGGUUCCACACUCGAGUCACCAGGGAUCAUCAAACGAAAUGGUGUAUAUUACCUCUUCGCCUCGCACACAACCGGCUGGGACCCCAACCCCAACAAAUACUUCCGAGCCACAUCGUUAUCGGGCACUUGGUCCUCUCAAGCUGAUAUCGCUCCGUCGGCAACCCGAACUUACUUCUCCCAAAACGCCUUUGACCUCCCCCUCGGCUCCGACGGGAUCUACAUGGGCGACCGAUGGCGACCCUCUCUCCUUGGUAGCAGCCGAUACGUCUGGUACCCUCUGUCAUGGUCAUCCGGGAACCCCCAAAUAGUCCAUGCCGAUGUUUGGAACGUAAAUCUGGCUGCCGGAACGUACACUGUUACCACUGGUACUACUUACGAGGCUGAAAGCGGUACAAUCAGCGGCUCAGCGGUAUCAAUGUCCAGUUCUAGUUUCUCUGGUGGGAAGGGCGUUGGCUUCCUAGGUCUUAUCCAUACAUCGUCGAGAAUUGAGCAAGGUUUUGACUAAGUCUCGCACCCAGGCAAUGGAGGUUCUCUUACCAUCAACAACAUUCAGGGGAAUGGUCUAGGACAAUGGAUAGCUCUAUAUUAUGCGAAUGGUGACUCCACAUGGCGCAACACAACAGUCAGCGUGAAUGGUGGUGAAAGUGUUCUCGUUGACCAACCCAACACUGGCGGGGGUAGUGUAGUCUUGUCGGUCCCCGUGAAGCUGAACCUCCGCAGUGGCUCCAAUUCCAUUACCUUUUCGGCGGGCCAGUCCAAUUAUGCGGCUGAUUUGGAUAAGAUUGUUGUGUACACGGGAAACUGAAGCUACUAAGCGGCGCGAAUUGAUUGCUUUUGCUGAAGUCGUUUUUAUUGAUCAAACAUGAUCUUGAAGAGAUGUAAAGGAUGAAUAAAGUACUGCCAAUAAAUGGCCGACGUCGCUUGUAGCCACACUCGACUCGGACCAUGCAUGCGCCGGCG